AUGUGGAGGAUCUCCGCCAUACGCUGGCAGCUGCAGAAGCAGGUAUUCGUGGACGCCGUUGGUUACUCCGCUGCCUUCGCGCCGGUGUCGGAGCGCCCCGUCAGCGUGUACCAAAUGGCAACGGCGGUGUAUUCGCCAGCUGCCACGCAACUCCGGCGUCGCAAAGGACACCACACACGGCAGAAAGAGUACACAGCAAAGAUGCGGCUCGUCUCGGGCGCCAGUCGUCUCCAACUCGGCAUGCAUGACACCGAUUGA